AUGUCCCCUUUGCAUAAACUAGAAAUCACCUGGGAUAAGGAGUUACAACCUUUAACCAAUGACAACUUUAACAACAAUAAUUCACAUCAACCUCAUAAGAGCAUAUAUCCCAUUUCAUUCCUUCAUUCUUAUUCUACAAAACAAAAUAUUUUAAAAUUACAUUAUAAUCACUUAAAACCAAUAUUAUGGGACUCUAAAUCCAUUCUUAAUUCUCAAAAUUUGUGGAUAUCUUAUAAUGAUUAUAUGAAUUCAGACAAAAUUUUACUCGAUUCUUUGAGACAAUUAUGGGAUUAUGGAUUAGUAUUUAUUAAAAAUGUUCCUACGAACGAUGAUGACAAAGGAAUUUUAAAUGUCGCAGAAAGGAUCGGAACCGUCAGAUCUACCAUUUAUGGUAAAUUUUUUGAUGUAAAAUCCAUACCAGCCGCCAAUAAUAUCGCUUAUACUAGUUUAAAUUUAAAUUUACAUAUGGAUUUAUUAUAUUAUGAAUCACCACCAGGGUUACAAUUCUUGCAUUGCUUAAAAAAUUCAGUUACGGGCGGUCAAAGUAUAUUCUCCGAUUCAUUUAAAGCGGUCCAAAAAUUAAAAUUCUACCAUCCUAAUUAUUUUAAUCUCUUAAAAAAAUUUCCUUUAACGUUUCAUUACACAAAUAAUGGUCAUCAUAUGCAUUAUAAUCGUCCUGCUAUUGCAAUUGACGAUGAUAAUGAUACCUUAAACGUCAAUUAUGCACCUCCUUUUCAAGGUCCUAUUGAAUUUUUUUUAGGUUCCAAUGAUGAUGAAAAUGAAAUUAAUGUAAUCGAAUUUUAUAGAGCUUAUCAACAAUUUUGUAAAUUUAUUGAAGAUCCUUCCUUGAAAUUUGAAUUGACUUUAAUACCUGGUGAUUUGGUUAUAUUCGUUAAUAGACGUGUGUUACAUGCGAGAAAAUCUUUUGAUCCUCAAAGUGGUCAAAGACAUCUUAAAGGAACUUACAUAGAAUAUUGUGAAUUUAAAGAUAAAUUUAGAGUGUUGAUGAACAGGCAUGACAAUAAUAUAUUACAUUAA